GAGAUUUGAAUCGUUUUAAUUUUUCAAGUCAAUUGAGUUGCUGUAGCCGAUCGUCGUCGGGGUUUAUAUACUCGCGGCCGAUCUCGACUAUUUCCACUUGGAUUCAUCUCGUAAACUCUGUAACAGUAAAGAAAAGGCGGGAUCUUUGUCGUAUGUUGUAGUGGUUACGAGAAUAGUGGAGAAUGUUCGAGAUUUUUCUCCGAACGUAUCCAAACGUCUAUUUCAUUCAUUUUUUUCCAUUCAUUUUGUAUGAGAUUUUUCUCGAAACGACCAGAAACAUCUAUUUCAUUCAUCUAUUCUGUUCGAGAUUUUUCUCGUAUAUUCUAGCCACAUGUGAUAUUGCAUAUGGCCCAAUAUUGUAUUGCUAAGAAGAAAAAAAAUGUCAUUAAUUUCACAUGUUCGUAAACGUAUUAUUUUGAAUAGAUUUGUUUCCGUUAUUGAUUUAUCAUUGAAUGUUAAUAAUUCCAUAACAACCGAAUCAUUUAUUCAUUCGAAUUCAUCAAAUUUAAAAUUAUCUAAACAAAUUAAAACGGAAAAUUAUCAACAAAAUGUUGAAAAAUAUUCACCAGCCGCUCCAUUAAGAUCAUUGAAGAAAAAAUCUUCAAAUGAUAAUUAUGCAACAGAAUUUAUUGAUUAUAAAUAUGUUCAUGUACAAGGUGGAAAAGGUGGUGAUGGUAUGAUUUGUUUUCUUCAAUUAUGGUCUAAUCCACAAGCCGGUCCAAGUGGUGGAGAUGGUGGUCAUGGUGGUCAUGUUAUUUUUGAGGCAUCAAAAAAUACUAAAUCAUUGAAUCAUAUUAAAUCUAAAUAUACGGGUGAACAAGGAGAAAAUGGAAUGCGAAAAGAUAUGUUUGGAAAAAAUGCUCAACAUAUGAUCAUAUCAGUGCCAAUUGGAACACUAGUCAAAAAUGCUCAAACAGGUCAAAUUGUGGCCGAUUUAUAUUGUGAUCAGAUGAAAUUUUUAGCUGCUAAAGGUGGAAGUGGUGGAAAGGGUAAUCAUUAUUUUUUAAGCAAUAAAAAUCGACAUCCAAAUGUAGCUGAAAUUGGAGCACAAGGUGAAAAUAAUAAAUGGAUUCUUGAGAUGAAAAUUAUUGCCCAUGCUGGUUUAGUUGGAUUUCCAAAUGCUGGAAAAUCAACCUUAUUAAGUGCAUUAUCUCGUGCUCGACCAAAAGUUGCUAGCUAUCCAUUUACAACAUUAAAACCAUCGGUUGGUAUUGUACAAUAUGAAGAUAUGGAACAAUUAUCUAUCGCUGAUCUACCGGGCAUCAUACCAGAAGCUCAUUGUAAUAAAGGUUUAGGAUUGGAUUUUCUCAAACACAUUGAACGUUGUGUAUGUCUUUUCUUUGUCAUCGAUAUGUCCGUUGAUAAUCCAUUUGAACAAUUAAGAAUUCUUAUGAAUGAAUUAGAUCUUUAUAAAAGUGAACUAUUACAAAAACCUAUUACAAUCAUUGCCAACAAAAUGGAUAUGGAUGAUUCACAUAUGAAAUUGAAAAUAUUCCAAAAAAAUUUAGAUACAAAUAAUUUAUCACAUUUAAAAGUUAUUCCAGUAUCGGGAAAAUAUGGAAAUAAUUUAACUGAAUUAUUAAUUCAUUUUAGAGAAUUAUAUGAUUCACAAAAUCUUAAUAAUCAAAAUAAUGAUGAAUAAAUUUUCAGGAACAAAA